GGAGCGACGUUUGUGUUGCUCCCAGUGUGUCCUGCGAGGGCGGUGUGGGCAGAAGGGGCGGCUCCUCCCGGUUCUUUGAAAUCUCGCCGGCUCACCAGCCCGACCGCCCACUCUGGCGAUGGCUCCGGGGCAGGCCAGGUGAGCGGCCGAGCAAUCCCGAGCCCCGGGGACUGCGGGGUCGGUACCUCGGAGUCGGCGCUGAGCCCGGCUCCCAGCGCCGCCGCCCUUGUUCCCGCCCAGGGCGGUCGUUCCGGAGUCUGAGCCCAGGGAACGCGCGCUCCCUGCGGCGUGUCCUCGGCUCCAGCUUCCUCUCUGCGUCCCCGACACUCCGGCCCAGGGGCGACUCCAGGGUCCCCAGCCGCGGGCUGGCCUGGGCGCCCCUACGUGGCCCCGCCUGGAGCCCAGACCUCCCAGCCUCGGCGUCUCCCGGAGCCUCGCGGACCCGGCGGAGCACGCCUCGCAGAGCCGGCCACCCGGGCCCUGGGCGCCCAGCGGCCCCCGGGGCGGGGACAGCGAGUGCGGGGCGGGGUGGCCUCGCCUCGAAGCCGCGGUCCUCUGAUCUGCGGCGGCGAGAGCGCAACUCCUGCCGAGCCUAGCCGGGAGAAAGCCCCGAGCGGGGACCGUGCUCUUCCUGCGGGCUUCUGGGAGCAGCGGCUCGUGUCCUCCGACCCGGGCUAAAGAGCCCAGGACCCCGUCUGCCUGGCUCGGGACUCCGGGAUGAAUCAGGCUUAGGAUGAAGCUUGGAUUCUGGACCCCAAGGAUGUUUGCAGGGACACACUGACUCAUGAAGGAAAAGCUGAGUUUCGGCAGAAAGGGGAGACCUCAGCCUAGCAACAUCGCCCCAGAGGAAUUCCCAAGAGUGUGGCUCAAGGCUUCAACCAGCCAGAUGGAGAUCACCAUGGGGGUCAUGGAUGAGAAUGCCACCAACACGUCAACCAACUAUUUCCCUCUGCUUGACCCCCUUGGAGCCCAAGCUGUUUCUUUGCCCUUCAACUUCAGCUAUGGUGACUAUGAUAUGCCCUUGGAUGAAGAUGAGGAUGUGACCAAUUCCCAGACUUUCUUUGCCGCCAAGAUUGUCAUUGGCAUGGCUCUGGUGGGUAUCAUGCUGGUCUGUGGUAUCGGCAACUUCAUCUUCAUCGCUGCCCUGGCCCGCUACAAGAAGCUACGCAACCUCACCAACCUGCUGAUCGCCAACCUGGCCAUCUCUGAUUUCCUGGUGGCCAUUGUCUGCUGCCCCUUUGAGAUGGACUACUACGUGGUACGCCAGCUCUCCUGGGAGCAUGGCCACGUGCUGUGUGCCUCUGUCAACUACCUGCGCACGGUCUCUCUCUACGUCUCCACCAAUGCCCUGCUGGCCAUCGCCAUCGACAGAUAUCUGGCCAUUGUCCACCCGCUGAGACCCCGGAUGAAGUAUCAAACAGCCACCGGCUUGAUUGCUUUGGUGUGGGUGGUGUCCAUCCUCAUUGCCAUACCAUCAGCCUACUUCACCACUGAAACGGUCCUCAUCAUUGUCAAGAGCCAGGAGAAGAUUUUCUGUGGCCAGAUCUGGCCAGUAGACCAGCAGAUCUACUACAAGUCCUACUUCCUCUUCAUCUUUGGCAUCGAGUUCGUGGGCCCAGUGGUCACCAUGACCCUAUGCUAUGCCAGGAUCUCCCGAGAGCUCUGGUUCAAGGCCGUCCCUGGUUUCCAGACGGAGCAGAUCCGGAAGCGACUGCGCUGUCGCCGGAAGACCGUCCUGGUGCUCAUGUGCAUCCUCACAGCGUACGUGCUGUGCUGGGCGCCCUUCUAUGGCUUCACCAUCGUGCGGGACUUCUUCCCCACAGUGUUUGUGAAGGAGAAACACUAUCUCACGGCUUUCUACGUGGUCGAGUGCAUUGCCAUGAGCAACAGCAUGAUCAACACCGUGUGCUUCGUGACUGUCAAGAAUAACACCAUCAAGUACUUCAAGAAGAUUAUGCUGCUCCACUGGAAGGCUUCUUACAAUGACAGUAAGUCCAGUGGGGACCUUGACCUCAAAACCACAGGGGUGCCUGCCACAGAAGAGGUGGACUGCAUCAGGCUGAAAUAACUCCAGAACAGGACCUUUGGGCCCCUGACAAUGUGCUGAAGCCCACACUAUCAACCAAGAACUCUAGGUUUGCCGCAUAGGGCAAAAGAAAUGGACAAAUAUGUCAGUGCUGUCUUCAGGGAGCUCAGAAUCUCUAAAACGGGUGUGACUACUCCAUCACCAGUGGCUGACAUUCAAUUAACAUCUAAUUUGUGCAAAGUGUAGGCACUGGUGAAAUCUAUAUCUGUUGAUGAUAUUUGAUUGGCAGAAAGAAAUAGGGAUUGAACAAAAACAAACAAACAAAACUGAUGGGACAUAGUGUGGAAUGAUGGGUUUUCCAGAAGGGAGCCUGAGUAGUCACUUAAAACUGUGGUCUAUAUGUUUGUAGGGUGAGGUUCUCUCCGGAUCAUCUCAGCUACUCAUCAGACACUGAGAUAACCUAUCUCUGGGAUUGUUCUUAGGCUUGAGUUCACUCCUAACACUUGCUGGCCUGGGGCAAGAAUACAAAGCAGGUUCCUGGCUUUUUCUGCAAUCUUCCCUUCUAUCCCUGGUCCUGACUCUCACCCUGGGCACUCAGGAAAGAAACAUACAAAUAGGUGUUGGGGGUCCAGCAGUGAGAUUCAGAGACUACAGGCUUAUUGAGGGCUUGUCCCUCUUUUUAAUCCACCUCCUUUGUUUGGUGUUUUGAAUUUGGAAAUUUGGAACCAGAAGAUCUGAUCCAGCCUUGAAUCUAUCACCUGUAUGGGCCUGGAUAAGGCCUCUUGGAGGCAAUGAAGAUGAUAUAAUACCUGUGACAGCUACCAAUGAGAUGACCGUGAAGAACCAAUGAGAUAAUAUAUGGGAAAACUCUUUCAACCAUGCAAGUAAUCAAGAGUGGACUAAUAGCUAUGUGUAGUGCCCUGGACAAGGAAAACCUUGUCAUCUUAGCUUAUAUAUCACAGAAUCCUCACCAUCUCCCUCUUUCAUAUUGUUUGUGUGAAUUAUUCCUUUAUCCCUGUUAGCAGUUCUAUGUGUGCAUUAUGUUCCUAUUAACAGAUUGGUACAAUAAGACGAUGAAAUUUGGUGGCAGAAUUGUGAAAGGAAAUGGUAGCUAGGUCUCCAGUCAGAAAAUGAGCUCAGGGUUUUAGAAACUUCAGAAUUGGAGCAUCUUUGUGAUUGAUCAUGGAAGUAUCAGUCAUGCCUGUUCCUAGCCAGCAUGAAUCUGGGGAAUGUGAUACUUGUUUCUCAGUCCAGUUUCAUCUCAUUGGGGUGUAUAGAUGUGGAAUGGAUUUAUCUUCUUAUUAAAUAAUUCUAGAGCAGCACACCUAUUGAUAUAAUGCUAUUUAAGUGAUGUAUGUAUGGUGUUUCCCCCUCCAAAUGUAGUCAACUCUUUAGUUUUGGUGGCAAAGUUUUUUGUUUUUUGUUUUUUAAUAGUUACUGUAUUUGCCUGGAAGACAUAUUUCAAAAACCUGUUUGUUUCUUUUUAUUCAUCAUCCAGAAGAUUUACCCUCUGGUUUAACUAGAAUACUCUCAGAGAAUGAAAACUAAUUAAAAUAUUAGCCUGAAGCCAAUCUGGUUUGGGAGGCAAUUCUAUUGCAUUCUAAAACUAGGAAAGUUUAAUUUUUGAACUGAAAAAUAAUAAAAUGACAUAAUUUAUUGUCCUUAUGUUCAUUUUCCAUUAGGAAUGUUAAACAUGAGUUGACUGUAUUAAAUGGGAGCUUUUUACAUGUGACAUUCAAACCUCUUCCUGAUCAAAUAUCAAAUUUUCACUUGUUUGCCUGUCUGUAAUAUUUCUAGAUAUUAUGUCUGUUUGUGAUUGUACAAUGAAUGAAAAUGUUAUUAUCAAGUGAAAUAAAUAGUCU